AUGAAGAUUCCCACGGAACGUGGCACCAUUUGCACCGUUAGAGCCGAUCAGCGAACGACUCGACAGUGCUAUGUGGCCGGGCUUAAGGUCACCCCUUUUGUCCCAACCAAAAGGGCUAGAGGAGCUGAGACCGCGGCGAUCGACUUGGACCCCCGAACCAAUAUAGAUGAGCGUCUCCAUCCACAAGGCGAUGUCAAAUUCCUUUCAUUAUCAGCGGAUGCCUCCAAAAACACAAACAUUGGCGCGGACCUCACUUUGAAGGAUGAACAGGAUCUGAGACAUAGGCUCCGAGCCAACGCGGAUUUGUUCGCGUGGACGGCCUCCGACAUGCCAGGAAUCCACCCCGGAGUCAUGGCCCAUAAGUUGUCAAUCUUCAGAGAGGCACGCCCUGUCGCGCAAAAGAAGCGAAGGUUCGGAGAAGAGAAGCGAAAGGCCAUUCAGGUCGAGGUCGAGAAGCUGAUGAACGCCCAGUUCAUCAGAGAGUUAAACUACACUACGUGGUUGUCGAACGUAGUCAUGGUCAAGAAGUCGAACGGCCAGUGGAGAAUGUGUGUCGACUUCACCGACCUCAACAAAGCGUGUCCUAAAGAUUCAUAUCCCUUGCCUAGCAUUGAUCGGUUGGUAGACGGGGCUUCCGGACAUGUCGUGCUCAGCUUCCUCGACGCUUACUCGGGCUACAACCAAAUCCCCAUGUACGCACCUGAUCAAAGCAAGACAGCUUUCAUUACCGAGCGCGCCAAUUAUUGUUGCGAAGUAAUGCCGUUCGGUUUGAAGAAUGCCGGGGCGACAUACCAGCGCCUCAUGGAUAAAGUUUUCCAUCAUCAGAUAGGUCGAUGCAUGGAUGUUUACGUCGACGACAUGGUCAUUCGGAGCCAUUCCAUGGAGCAACAUUGGCAAGAUUUAGAAGAGGUGUUUAGCCAAAUCAGAAGGUACAGCAUGCGCCUCAACCCUUCUAAGUGUACCUUCGGAGUCCCUGCGGGCAAGUUUUUAGGCUUCAUGCUCACUCGUCGAGGUAUCGAGGCCAACCCAGAUAAAUGCAAGGCUGUACUCGACAUGACAGCCCCAACAACUCUCAGGGAGGUACAACGACUGGUUGGUAGACUCACGGCCCUCUCUCGCUUCAUUCCGAAGCUAGCCGAACACAUCAAACCCAUCCUGAAGAACAUGAAGAAGGGCACCACACAACACUGGGAUGAUGACUGUGAAACAACAUUCAACACUGUCAAGCGCAUCCUCACUAGUCCCCCAAUUAUGGCUAGACCGGACACUGGGUCUGACUUACAACUGUAUAUCGCAGCAUCCCACCACGCCGUCAGUGUUGCCCUAAUACAAGAAGCACCGUCCCUCAAGUUAAUAUAUUUCAUCAGCCGUACGCUGCAGGGGGUGGAAGAAAGAUAUUCUCGCAUUGAGAAAAUCGCACUGGCUCUACUCACAGCGUCGCGUCGACUCCGACCCUAUUUUCAGAGCCACCAAGUAGUGGUCCGUACCGAUCACUCGAUAGCCAAGAUCCUCCGCAAGCCCGACUUAGCAGGAAGGAUGGUUUGUUGGUCAGUAGAGCUUUCCGAGUUCGGUUUACGCUAUAAGCCGCGGGGUUCCGUCAAGGGUCAGCAUUUGGCAGAUUUUGCAGCUGAAUUAAUUCACACAUCCGACGACUCGACACCAAAGUGGCUCCUCAGCGUAGAUGGCUCCUCCGACAAAAGGGGGGGAGGAUCCGUGGUUGUCCUAGAAGGACCAGAUGGUUUCAUUGUCGAACAAGCCAUCACAUUCAAAUUUUCUGCUAGCAACAACCAGGCAGAAUACGAAGCCUUGAUUGCUGGUCUGUCCUUAGCCAAAGAGUUCACGAUCACUCGUCUAGAAUGUCGGAUGGAUUCAAAGUUGGUGGUCGGCCACGUGAACGGAACUUAUCAGGUUAAGGAUAAUCAGUUACUGCGCUAUUUCCACAAAGCUCAGACUCUACUUCAACAUUUCACCGAAGUCAACAUCAUCCAUGUACCCAGGGAGAAAAACACGAAAGCAGAUCUCCUGUCCAAGUUAACUCACUCUAAGGAGAGAGCACAACUGUCAUCAAUCAUCAAGAUGACGCUCGACCAUCCUGUUGUGGAAGCGUUCGUCACCGAUGUGUCGACUCCUGCAGCAGACUGGCGACAAAAGAUCAAGGAUCUAAUGACGCGACAGGAGCAGGGAGAGAGCAUUAGUUUGGCUGAUUCAAAGCGAAUUGCACGUUUCUUGUACAUAGGCGACGACUUAUACCGCCGCAACCACAGUACUCCUCUAUUGAAGUGCAUAUCAGAGGAAGAAGCCGACUACGUCUUGCGUGAGCUGCAUACAGGCGGUCUCGACAUAGUUGGACCUUUACCCCUUGCCAAAGGGCAGAACAAGUUCCUCCUCGUGGCGGUCGACUAUUUCACAAAAUGGAUAGAGGCUGAGCCGUUGUCCGUCAUCAGUGCUCAGCGAGUGCAGAAGUUCAUCUGGCACCUGAUAUGUCGAUUCGGUCUACCACAGAAGAUCAUUACCGACAACGGUCGCCAGUUCGUCGAGCGCAAACUAGAGACAUUCCUCAACAGUUUGGGCAUCAAACAUGUCAGCUCCUCGGUCGAGCACCCUCAAACGAACGGCCAAGCCGAGGUCGCAAACAAAGCCAUACUUACGGAGUUAAAAAAGCGACUCGGCGAAGCCAAAGGUUUGUGGGUAGAAGAACUACCAGAGGUUUUGUGGGCAUAUAGAUGCACUCCACACGGAUCUACAGGGGACACACCAUUCAACCUGACCUAUGGCACUAAUGCCAUGCUCCCGGUCGAGGUCGGCGAACCCUCGUUGAGACGACAUAUCACCGAUAUGACGCUGAAUGACAAGCAGAUACGGGUGAAUCUCGACAUUCUUCCUGAACGUCGAGAGGUUGCAACCAUCCGCGCGGAAGCACAAAAACGAAUGUUGUCUCGCCGUUACAACACCAAAGUCAAACCCAGAGCGUUCAAAAGUGGCGAUCUGGUUUGGAGAAAACGAGGGGAGGCUAGGAAGAAUCGAGCGCACGGCAAACUCGCUGCCAACUGGGAAGGCCCAUUCCGCAUCGCCGAAGACAUGACGAAUGGUGCAUAUCGCCUCCAACUCCUCGACGGACAGCCCAUUCCCAACACGUGGAAUGCUACUCAUCUUAAAUAUUAUUUCAGUUAG